CUCGAAUUGGGCAACUCUUGACUUGUGCAUUCUUCCGGUUAAUAGGAUAAGAAUUUGAAACUUAGGACAAGACAUUGACAAUGGUUCACCCCUCUAGUCCUCGGGGCAGGUGAGGCCUGCACAUUCGGAUCCGGAGAGGAGGGGAGGACCAGAAAAAGGCGGCUCUCCGUCGUCGUUUAUUAACAUUAGUCAAGACACAGUAUUAUAGUUGGAAGGGAUUUCUGGUUUUCUAUAGUUGCACUCGCCACUUCGGUGAGCACGAUUUUAAGACGGGGGGGAAAAAGGCAGCCAUGAAUCGCGACCGACAUGACCGGGAUCGACACAGUGAUCGAGAACAUCGCAGUGAACGACAUCGUGACCGGGAUCGGCAUAUUAAUAAUGAACAUCGAAGCCCCCAACGCACAGUAGUGCAUGACCGGGAGCAUCGCGAAAGGGAACGAGAACGGGAGAGAGAUCGAGACCGGCAUCAUAACAAUAUUAUUAACAAUAACAACAACAUUCGAGCAGGGGCUACGACGAGCAGUGCUAUCUUGAAAUCUGCGAUUCAUGAAAUGACCACUCUUCUGAUUGAAGAAGAAGCAUUUUUUAUUGGGAAAGAGACUGGACGAUUGAUGCGAUGGGGGGAGCUUGAAGGACUCGGCGUACUGGAGGAUGUCCAACUAGAACACCAGGUGGUGGAUGCGCCGGGUGUGGACAUUUUUGGCGAGCCGUUAGCAAAAAAGUUUAAUUUUGAAUGUGAAUGUCCUCGCUGUCGUAGAACCUUGGCUGCUCAAAGGUUCGCACCGCAUUUAGAAAAGUGUAUGGGAAUGGGUAGGAACAGUUCUCGUAUCGCGAGUCGUCGACUUGCUCAAGGGUCUUCGAGUCAGAACUCUCAGAAUGGAAAUGGAUCGACUGGGAGUGGUUCUCAGGGGCACGAAAAAGCGUCGUCACAUCAAGGGAAUAGUGCUGCAGGAUCGGCGGUUUCCAGUCAAAGUCAUCAGAAUGGCGACGUUGCUUCUGAAGAAGAGCAUUUCGAAGAGGAUGAAGACGACGAAGACUGGACGAUGGAGCGAAAGCGAAAACAUACCAAGAAAGGGACUGAAAAAAUUUCUCCCAAGAGUAGAAAGGGCCCUUUACAGCGAAUCAAGAACUCUGAGGGUUCUCGUGGUCGACGUGGUGCUUCUCCGUCUGUGACUGACUCUCCGUUGUCGAUUAACGAGUCCUCAUUACACGAUGACGACGACUUUGCUGCACUUAGCCUUGGAUAAAAGUUGGACUUGUAGCCAGGCGAUGUGGCCCAACUGCUUAAAAAUUGCUUGACUGGCCCUAUUUACUUAUUCUUUAUCCCGUUUUAUCCAUUUUGUUCAUCUGGCUAUUUUUUUAGGGGGUUCGUGACUCUGAUUUUAUGAAUUUAUCUUGACUCAUUCCAUUCUCAUGACAUUUUUCGUGUAUGAUACUGAUGCUAUUAUGAUGUAUUUCUCUUUUCGACUGUUAUUUUAUGUUAUUUAUUUUACUGUUUGACUUAUCAUUUGUCCACAUUACGUACCAGACUAUUAUGUUCCUGCAGUUGGCUGCAGGCUCAUUUUUAAUAUACCCAAAGUGUUCAUGGGCGAUAAUCUCGGCUACAUUGCUCACUACUACUUAAUUAGUUGAGUAUAAAGUAACAUUUGCGUAAGGUUGUAUUUGUAAGUUUCGUCGAAAACCGGUAACCCGCAACAAAUUGAUAUUAAAUGUAUUUAAACUACUUGACAACAA